AGUCUCUCCGCCAUGUUUUCUUGCUAGCGCUCGUUGAGCGGUUAGGAGCAUGACAGGAGGGCAGGAAAAGGUUACUUCACAUUUUAAAGACUGGUAAUAAUUACGGAAAUUCUUAUGAUUAAUUACGAACAGAUAAUAAAUAUCUGACAACGUUAAAGUUCAUAUAGUGAACCCCAGACAGAAUCGAUGAAUUGACACAAUCGACAUGAAUGCCCGAACAGUCAUAAACAGAGUUCUGCUGAGCGAUCCGUUUUCACCUGCGAUGAUAAUCGAAGCAGAAAUACACAAUCAAGGCUGCCGAAAGAUGGUGGUGGGGCUGGGUAAUCCGGGGAUGGAGGGUACCAGACACAGCGUUGGUAUGACAGUACUUGGUGCUCUCGCUGCCCGGCUCGGUGUGGCAGACCGCUGGCGUGGCGACAAGUACGUGUCCGGUGAGGUCAUUUUGUCAGAAGUCCAGCAAAUGAAUGUGGUGCUGCUUCGUCCCCGGCUGCUGAUGAAUGUCAAUGGAGUAUCAGUGGCCAAAGCAGCUGCCAAAUAUGGCGUCAAGGCUGAAGAUAUCCUGCUGGUCCACGAUGAACUGGACAAACCUCUGGGGAAAAUCGCCAUCAAACAUGGAGGAAGCGCCAGAGGUCAUAAUGGAGUCCGCUCCUGCGUGGACUGUCUUCAGACUGAUGUGAUGCCUAGACUUCGGAUCGGGAUUGGCCGGCCGACAGGGAAAACGUCUGUGGACCGUCAUGUUCUGGGCAGAUUCACCACAGAGGAACAGAAACUCCUGGAUUCUGUUUUGGUCCAGAGUGUGGACCUCCUCCUUUCCCAGCUUUCCCAGCAGGACUCACAACAGGACUCCCCGCUCCCCUCCUCACCAGCAGGGGGCAGACAAGCUGCACAGAAGAGAAACGAGAGGGCCCGCUCAGGCUCACAAGCUGAGGACUCUGCAGCAGCUCAGAGCUGAAGCUGAAACCUGAACUCUGUUAUCACACAUAGAACUGCCUCAAAGAGAAAACAUGAACCACUUUAUCUUUAUUUAUUCACUUAAAGGUGAUGUUGUUACAUGAAAAGUCUCAGAGAACAAGAGGAGAACCGAGAAAUCUUGUUGUCUUCAGGUUUGUUCCCUACACGAUGAACCAGUUUUUUUUAUUCACUUUGCUGAAAAGCUGGAAGUGAAGCCAGAAGCUUGGCUCAGUCUGUGGCAGAGGACAGUCUGUCUGUGAGAUAUGAAAAUAAAUCGUUAUUAAACGAAAUAAAUUUGAUUAUCUGAUUUUCAUGCACAUUAAGAGCAGUUGAGCAUUUAUUUACAUUAAAAACAUUUAAAAUCUGCAAACUAUAGACUCUCUGACACCAGUACUACUAUACUAAUACUAAUAAUACCUGCCCUGACCGACUAAUUCUAAUGAACUCAUUGACCACUUCAUGAGCUUCACCGUGCUCAUACAGGUCUGGACUCCCUUUUGCCUUCAGAGCUGCCUUAAUUCUACCUGGCACAGAUUUAACAAGCUGCUGGAAACAGUCCUCAGAGAUUUUGGUCCAUGUUGACACGAUAGCAUCACACAGAUGCUGCAGAUUUGUUGACUGCACAUCCAUGAUGUGCAUCUCAAAGGUGCUCUAUUGGAUUGAGAUCUGAGAUCUGUUGAAGCUGUUAAAGUACAGUAAAGCCAUGAUAUGUUCAAGAAGUUUGAGACGAUUUGAGCUUCAUGGUGUGUUUUCCUGCUGGAAGAGGCCCCUCUAAUCAUAAAGUGAUGGACGUGGUCAACAACAAUAGGUGGGCUGUGGCAUUAAAGUAAUCCUCAGCUGGUAAUAAGGGGCCCAAAGCGUGCCAAAAAAUAUUUAUAAUAUGAAUAUGUCCUCACAAAGAUAGCCAAACUAACAUGCGUGUAUCUGUAUGAGUUCUACACACAGAGUGGAGCAGGCGGUCACUAUGCUGGUAAUAGAAAACAAUUUUGAGCUAAACUAAGUGAAGGGCCAAAUGACCACCCUAAUCCUACCGCACUCACUCUGAUCCACAGCAGUUCACUCAUAGUUGCAGACACACUGACAUAUCUAAAAAUAUUCAAUUUACCUCCCACAAGCGACGCAUACAAUAUAUGAAAUACUCUUCUUAAUAUGUGAUGGGAUGCUAACAACAGUUUAUUAUACUUUGCACUCUGCAUUUGCACUUUCUUCUUGCAGUCGGUCAAAGGUCAAAGUCUCUGAGCCUUCAGUCGUGUGUUAUUGAUUUUUUUGUUCUUUAUUUGAUGAUCAUGUUCUUUAAGUUAGAGGCUUCCUGGGUGUUUUUUAUUCGUGAGCAAUGUCAGUAGAAGGAGCUGAACCGCUCUAAAACAAAGACUUGUUUAAGCUCAUCUUCUCUUUUUUUUGUAUCUGAGAGUCCACGUGUGACUCUGCCCCCGACAUACGGUUCUCCUCUCCAGCUCGUCCUCCCUGUUGUGGCUCUUUUGGCCAAAAACAUAUUGAUUUCCUCUUCCGAUUGUCCCACUAAUUGCGCCUCUUCAUCAAUUAUGUGUCUUUAAUGAGUUGCAUCCCGUCAAGAGGUGCGCUGCAUUCUCACACUGCUGAGAAUGCCAGAGGAAGGUUAGUGGAGGAAUGGAGGGUUCGGCGGGGGAGGUGGCGUACAAAAAAAGGGCAGAAAACAGCGGAAAGAGGCUGACGAGCCGCUGAAUGAGGGAAAUCAAUACAAAGGAGGCCAGUAGAUUGCGAUGGAGGGCAGAAGAAGAAAGGCAGGCGAGAAACAAAAGGGGGCAAACAUUGUUUAGACCCAGAUUUUUGAGGCCUUCUGUCCUGCUGUAGCUCAGACGUACAAUAGCUGUAGGGACACACUUGUGGACAUGAGGGAGAGAAAGGGGGGAGCUCAAAGGAAACUUCUAUGACACCCCCCACCACACACACACACGAACACCCUUCGCCCUCCUAAACCCCCCAUCUUUCUCUGCUGUGUUGAGCCACCUUUUGCCUCCAUCAGGCCACUUUCCCAGCCCUUCCUCUCUGGUCAGCUUUAUGAGGCCUUACCAGCAGCUUCAGUAACUUUUCUUCUGUGUGGGUCAAAGGUCAAAAGCAGGCUGAACACCCAACCUUUAGAGAAAAAAACAAAAUUUAUUCAAGAACAGCCUUCAAACCCUCCCCCUGCGCUCUAUUCCCUGGAAUAG